GCGCCGGUGAGGGAGAGCGGUAGGCGGUGGCUGUGUCUUGUUGGCGGCCUGCGGUGCCCCGGACCCCCGGAGGAGCUGGGACGUGGAGCGGGGCGGGGCGCGGAGUUCCGGACCACUUCAGUCAGCCGGGCUCCUGUGUGUCUUGUCUGGAAAUCGGUUAGUGUGCGCGGCGCCGAGCUGUCCGCCUCUCCCCGGGCGUCUGGGCUGAGAAGGCGGUAGGCGGCAGGCGGCGGCGCUUGGGGCCUGCCCCGGCGCCAUGAAGCUCUACAGCCUCAGCGUCCUCUACAAAGGAGACGCUAAAGCACUCCUCUUGAAGGCCGCCUACGAUGUGUCCUCCUUCAGCUUCUUCCAGAGGUCCAGUGUUCAGGAAUUCAUGACCUUUACAAGUCAACUUAUUGUGGAACGCUCAGAAAAAGGCAGCAGAGCUUCUGUCAAAGAACAAGAGUAUUUAUGUCAUGUCUAUGUGCGGAACGACAGUCUCUCAGGUGUGGUUAUUGCAGACAAUGAGUAUCCCUCCCGGGUGGCUUUCACCUUGCUGGAAAAGGUAUUGGAUGAAUUCUCUAAGCAGGUCGACAGGAUAGACUGGCCUGUAGGAUCUCCUGCUACAAUACAUUAUGAAGCUUUGGAUAGUUAUCUUAGUAAAUAUCAGAAUCCUCGAGAAGCAGACCCCAUGACAAAAGUGCAAGCUGAGUUAGAUGAGACCAAAAUCAUUCUGCACAACACCAUGGAGUCUUUGUUAGAACGAGGAGAAAAACUAGAUGAUUUGGUGUCCAAAUCAGAAGUGCUAGGAACACAGUCCAAAGCCUUCUAUAAAACCGCCCGAAAACAAAACUCAUGCUGUGAGAUCAUGUGACCCCCCCCAACCAGUGGUGACCCUGCUCUGGAAACUUUGCCUGUCAUUCAUGUUGAGAACUGUAAAGCACCCGGGAAAGAAGAAAGCAAUUCAAAUCGUGUCCUGAAAUGAAAAUAUUUCAUUUCAGAUUUCAGCCCCUGGAAUGAGCUGAGGGCGAGGUGGGAGGGGCUUUGGGGAGAUGUUUGUAUGCCUAAGUGUAAUUUUUCUCCAAAAGAAAAGAUAAUAUGAGCCUCAAAAAGAUCAUAUGUGGAGGCAGAAUGAAAAAAGAUUCUCAAUGACUCCAGUAGGUGCUGAAGGGCUCAUUUCUCUGAUAAAUUUCCUGGGAGGGAUUUGAUAGGCCCCCUGACUUCUGCAAAACCCCACAGGAAAGUCAGGACCAAAUCUCUUCUUGAUUCUAUUUUUGUUUUUUUUUUUUUUUUUUUUUUUGGUUUUUUUAAUUUUAUUUUUUACAUUCAUUAUAAUAACACUAGAAGGAAGUAACUCCAGUGUACAGGUGGAUAUUGUAUGGUUAAAGACAAAUGGGAAUUUUGCCACUGUGCAGGACUUGGGAGAGGACCUCCUUAGCAGUUGAUGAAAGUGAGCUCUGGUGACCCAGCUACAUGUGGGUGGGGGAGUCCCUUUUCCUUCCCUUCCUCAAAUCAAUCAUGAAGUUCCUUUUAUUUUUUAGUAGAUCCUUUAGUAUCUUUAUCCUCAGGGAGUGGGAGCUCUCUCAAAAAAGAAAAAGCUGAAGCCUUGAGACCUUGACAAGUCAAUGGAAAAGUUUUAUAAUGAGAAACAAGGAACAUACCUCAACCUAACACAUCUUUGGACCCUCACAAGUUUUGUUUUUUAGCUUGUAUGUGUGUUCCCAUUUUUUCCAGUGCUGCCUUAUACUGGGGCUCAUGACCUAUCCUGACAAACUUAUCCAUAAAGUUCUGUACAACUUAUUCAAGGCAGGGAGGUCUGUGAGAGGAACUCAGAUAUACUUGAAUGGUAUAAACCUAGUGAUUAUCCUAGCCAGCAUAUCUAGAAAAGAAAAGAAAGUAGGGCACUUUAUUAAAGCUAGUUAAUUUCAGGAUAAUCAGCUGUGAGUAUCCUUUGGGGUGUAGGAGUUCCAACCAGCAUUGCGUCUUGAGCAGCCCCUCACAGCCUUGCAGUGACUUGACAUAUCUUGGAUAUUGCAUUUCUGGUCCAAAAUAAUGUGUCCUUUACUCUUACAAAUGAUUUUUUUUUUUUUUUUUUGCACUGAAAAUUGACCUUAGUUCUCUUGUCCUUCUGGCCAUGUGACUGCCUUAGAGACUUACCCAUUUUUGUGAGUCUUAAUAAAUAGGAGAAUGUCUUUUAGACUCAUGCUGCCAUCUGCUGAUUUAUACCAGGAAAAGUGUGCCAACUAUGCCAUGGCAUAUCCAAUCCCUGUCUUGGGCUGGCAGACAUUUUAGAGGCUCCCAGCCUGGCAGAGGCAGCGUGCCCAAUCCUUUGUAAAAGCUAAGGAAGUUAUCUGGCCUCCUUUGUGCUUAAAAGCAUCUUUUUGUAUGAACGUAGGCCAAACUCUCUGGCUCCUUCAGUGCCUAGUCACCCAGAUGUAACACUGACUUGCUCAGCUAGCAUUAAUAAGAUUAAUAAACACUCAUUUUAUGUUGACCUACUGAACUAUAGUUGCUUCUAGUUACUGCUCCUUGAGGGGUUAGACUUCUCCUCUUCAUCCCUCUAAGGUAUUAAAAGCAAAAGUAGUCAAACAACCCAGGCAGGAAUCCUCAGGUGAUCAGAUUAGGGUGAUAGUAAGGCCAUCUUAAGCAGUCUUGACCCCUGGACAGUUGUUUGUUGCCACAUCUAAAUAGGAUGUAUUUGAGCUGCUUUUUUAUUGUUAUACAGUGUUUUCAGGCAGAGCAAUUCAUGUGCCAGAGCUGGGCUGCAAAGGAAGAGUCUAAAGUUAAUGAUAUCCAACAACCACAGAAAUUGUGAGUCAGCAUGGUCAUGCAUUAUUUGAUGUACAUCUUUUAUUUGCAUAUUAGUUGGGAAUUCUUCCCAAGACAUUGCUUCCCAUGGCUCAGCUUGAAGGUAAAGAUCAUAAAGGGCUUUUACUAACUGUAAAGAUAUUAGGCCCAUAUAGUGCACUGAAUCAAGUGUUCACUGACCCUGUGAACUUUUUUCAAAUCUCAAACUGGCAUAAAAUUCACUGGAGAAUUUAGGGUGGUAGGGGGACAAAUUCAAUUAAUAAGUGGCAAUUGGCUGUUCCAAUUUUGGAAUUAUGCUGGCUUAUAGGUAACAGUACCUACUACAAAAUUGGAAACAUUCCCUCUGCCACAAGAUAUAACAUCAGUACUGAUAGGGAGGUCGUCCACAAUCUCAAGUUCUCUCAACCCUGCUAACUCCAUAGACUUGUGGCCAAAAAAAAAUGGAAUUUGUACUUCAUCACUAGGCUAAUUUUUUUCAGCUCUAAGUCAAAUUAUCCUUAAAUGUGAAAGAUAAAUGCCAUUCUCUGGUUUUGUCUUUUUUCCCUCUUUCAUUAUGGUUAUAAGAGUUGAAAAUUUCCCUGAAAUUUGUCAGGAGACAAUAUGAGAUCUUUAAGAAACAGUCUGAAGCUUGUGAUACAAUGUGAAUAGAGUUCUCUGACUUUGGAAGCUAAGAGAAAGCAAAAUCUUUCAUUCCUAACUUAACCUCAGCAUCUCCAGUAAGCACGACUUUGGCAAGCAAGAGGCAUGGCCCUGGCAGGAUGCCUUUUGGAGGGAAGGGUGGGAGGAGACUCUCAGCAGUGGUGUUGUGUUACUUGAUCCUCUAUGUGUAUUAUUGUAACUUCUUGUUUCUUUAACUUAAUGCUUUUGCUAAACAUUUACUAUUUGGCAAAGAGUGUAUUUUAAUAAUCUCUUAUCUUAACUUCUGUAUGUUCUGUUCGAGAGAUUCCUGUCUGUAUAAAAGUUGUCUUUUGAAAUAUGAAAA